AGAGCUAGACGGACAGAAGAACGUGAGCCGCAGAAGAAGAACUCCCUCAGUUUGUUGACAUCAGCAGAAGGUGACAGAACACAGGCUGUCCUGACAGUAACUUUCUGUCUGUGAUCUAUAACAUCAGCGGUUUGGGAGCCAUGGGCGCAUUUGCUUGUCUUUCUGUGCUUUGCUCGUUGUGGCUUUGUCCGCUGGCGUCCAGCGAACAGGUGGCAUUUGUAGAGGCGUUUCUGGAAGAUCAGCAGCAUGUUUUACAGGGUGAUGUGGUCCAGGGGAGUCUGGAGAACGACCCCGUGGAAAACCACAGCAAAAAGAAACAUGAUCUCACAGGAGACCUCAUAUUAAUAAAAGACGAAGCUAUUAAAACCAACAGUGAAAGCAGUGAUGAAAAGGAUCCGAACCCUUGGAUUGGAGUGGUACCUGUCCAGAUGGAGGAAGGCACCGUUUCCAGUAACAGCAACCAGGAGUCGUUUGCUGCCUCUGUGGUCAAUAAGAUGAAGCGUGCUCUUGUUUUGGGUGCAUCUGCUUUGAUUAUACUGGCUUUAAACCAGAAUACUGUCCGAGAGAUGGAUCUCUCUCAGGUCCUCUCAAAGCCAAUCAUUAUCAUUCAGACAUCAGAAAAUGUUACUAAGCUCAUCGGAGCACUCCUCAGGGGCCUUCAUGCAACGGCAAAAAUCACUUACAAGUCUUUUCUACAGGACAGUCUGGGUGCCACCUUGACUCUGUGGUCCAGCUGUGGCCGUUCAAGAGGAGGGCUGUACGGGGAAUGGCAAGGGGUCAUCUGCACGGGAGAGACCAACUCUCAGGUCCAGAAAUAUCUUCAGCAGCUCUGGAACACUGUUGUUCUGGUGGCCCUGGUCCUCUCCACAGGGGUCAUAGUUCAUGCACGCUGGCAGUAUCAGGACAACCAGUUUAAUGAUGAGUUGGAGUCAGAUCUAAAGCAAGAUAUUUUAAGGAGAUUAUCAGCACUGAAGACGAGGAUAUACCGGCAACCCAAAGUGAGAUGUGACCCAACACAAACUCAACCGGUGGAGACAGACAGUUGUGCAGUUUGUCUGGAGCAGUACAACAACAACCAGUGUUUGAGGGUGUUACCGUGCCUCCAUGAAUUCCAUAGAGAUUGCGUGGAUCCCUGGCUUCUCCUCCAGCAGACCUGUCCUCUCUGCAAACGUAGCGUGCUUGGUAAUUUUUAUUGAGCUGUACCAGAAAGGAUUCUCAGAAUUUGUGCAAUUGGAUCGACUCUUCUGAUUCAGACUUCUCAUGGCAACUAAACCCCUCCUCUGUACUGUAAGGUCAGAAUACCUCCAUGGUAAUGAUUUUUUGACCUCUCCAAAGACUAUAAACCUUGAGUUCCUGAUCUUGGGUCAAACCACUUGAGAAUUUUUUUGAAGGUAGGUCCUUCUACGUGGGAUCAGUUGUUUUGCACACAGUUGACUACUUUAGUUAUGUUUGCUGAACCGGCUCAACAAUCCACCGAUACACGGAUUAUGAAGUCAUAUGCACAGCAAAAAAACAAAAGUAAUAUUUUUAAGAUCUCUUCAAAUUAAGGAAGAACCGUACAAGUCUCAAAUUUUUGUUUAAACAAGGGUAGGCAUGAAGUUAGGAUAAAACUAUUUAAGAAAAUAUAAGACAUGUUAUUCAGGCACUUCAUACGAAAUCUGUCUGUAGAAUAUAACUCAACAUUUUUCACCAAAAACAAACCUUGAAGAUUUGAUCUUGACCUCUUUUGAGAACAUACAAAAUGUUUCUGGUAAGACCUUUGAGCAGAAACAUUAUCGUUACGCUUCUUUCUGGAAUGGUUGUGUGGUAUGAAGCCACAAAUACCGUGUCCAUGAUUUAUUAAUUAAUUCUCUAGUUUUAUUUAAACUGUUGCAUUGUUUCAUCUUUCAUUUUAGUCAAAUUUUGGCCAUGAUUCAACUAAGCAAAAAUGAGUGAACAAUUUAGUACAACGGCCACAAUUUACCUAAACAUACAGAAUUUACCUAAUAAUUAGGUGUAACUUUAAACAUGGGAUAAAAUGAUCUUAAGUUAAUCACUACUGUAUCUUUUUUUUCUUUCUAAUGCAUGUCAAGUUUGGGGCUCUGUAGUGUAGUAGUGCUAUUGUAAGUUACGACAGUGUUUUACCUUGACAGCUAAACCUCCAACUCUAAUACUAGCACCAAUUAGUUGAAAAUGUUAAUUAAGUUAUUCAGUUCUGUUACUGUAAACUACCCAGUAAAGUGAAAGAUACAUGCGAGCAUCAGUAUUCCAUACAAGGAGCUGCAAGGAUGCCCCAUGCCUGCUCGCUGCACAGAGAGCGACUUUUACUAUUAUUUGUUAUUAUCAUCGCUUUUAAGGAUAAUUUACAUGCAUUUUAGAAGUGCAGUUUCUUUUCAUUUUAGUAUUGAAUUCUCUUUUGAAAUGCCAUGUAAAUGCUUUAGUCUGAAAUCAUGCCAGUCAGGUUUUUGCGUAGUUGGACUACUGAAUCUACACUACCAUUCAAAAAUGUAGGGUCGGUUUAAUAAGAAAUUAAUAUUUUUAUUCAGCAAAGAUGCAGUAUAUUGAUCAAAAACAAUAAAAACAUUCAGAAGUUUCCAAAAUGUUUUCUAUUUCAUAUAAAUACAGCCCUAUUAAACGUUAUAUUCAUAAAAGAAUCCUCAAAAAAUGUAUCACAGUUUACAUAAUUUUAUGCAGCACAAAUGUUUUCAAAAUUGAUUUCUGAAGGACAAGUAAUGUAAAGUAAUGGCUACUAAAAAUUCAGCUUUGCCCUCACAGACAUCACGUGAAAAAUCUAUAUUUUAAAAUAUAUUAAAAUAGACAUGAUAAUUGGUUUUCAAAUAAUUGCUGUCCUGAUGAGAAUGAGUCUUGUAAGAAAAACCAAUUGUAGCUCAGCUACAGUACGCCUUGUAAUCCCCCCAAAAGUUAUAUUCUCCUUUUAAUGUUAAAUUCUGUAUUGUUUGAUACUAGAAUGGAUAGAUGAAGACUGUAGCUCAUUUGUGACCCUCAACCACAAAAGCAAUCUUAAGUCACUGGGGUAUAUUUUUAGCAAUAGCCAAAAAAAACAUUGUAUGUGUCUUUUAUGCCAAAAAUCAUUAGAAUAUUGAGUAAAGAUCAUGUUCCAUGAAGAUAUUUUGUUAAUUUCCUAGCGUAUAUAUAAAAAUGUAAUUUUUGAUUAGUAACAUGCAUUGCUAAGAACUUCAUUUGGACAGAUUUAAAGGAAAUUUUCUCAGUAUUUUGAUUUCUUCACACCUUCAGAUUCCAGAUUUUCAAAUAUUUGUAUAUCGGCUUUCAUAUGAUGUAUAAACCUUAUUCUUGAAACAUUUACACUGAAGACUGCUUUUGUGGUCCAUGGUCACAUUUAUGCAAAACCCUGCUGUAGCUUGAUUUUAACUUUGCAUGUAAAUGUACUUAAUGACAGAAUAUAGGGAUCUCAUCAAAUGAAAUCACAAUCAAUGCUUAUGCCAAAUCUGAGGAAUUUCCCCGACCCUGGCUAUCACGCUUCAGUCAUGAUACAUGAGCUGAUCUCAGGAGGGCAUCUGCCAGACAGGUAGACAACCAUUUCGUCAAAUAACACUAAACACUCACACAAAGAUGAACAACAGAGAGAGACAGUCUUGAGAACAGUAUUUACUCAUGUUUUAUCUUCCUAUGUUUUUUUUUUUAUUUCAAACCCAUAAUUAAAUAUGCUUUUUAUUACAAAAAUGCUUUGAAUGUAUCUUAGUAAGUAGAAAUAUGUUACUCCACAUGGCAAGAGAACGUUGUCUAUUCAAAGUCUAUGUGAAAAAUAAAUGGCAGCCUUUGGCACAAUAUGACUCAUGUAGAAAUCAGACUGUGUAUCCAGUCUGUGCAACCUCAAACGGGGAGAUUUCUCAAAAGACUGCUCUGAGCUCAAGUCUUAAUUGCUUUCUGAACCUUUAAUGAACUGGAACAGGAACUUAUGAGCUGCAUUUUUGCUUCAAUAGGGUAAUGUACCAUAUCUUUUGUAGGAUUUGUUCUUCAAUUUAUUUUAGAUGCUACAUUCUCAAACCUGAUGUUCCAUAAUUUAUUUAUUGAAUUUAACAGUGCAAUAACUGUUUGUACCUCUUCUCUGUUCAAUAAACUCAUGUGUAACAGGGCAAAAGACAUGACUCCUCUGCCUUCAAACA